AAACAUUGGGACAUUGUAAACAAGACAACUUUUCGACCAAAGCUUUUUGCAAAACGAUUGAUGUUAAAAGUUAAAUUAUAUGCACAAUAGAAAUACGCUAUGACGUAUUAAAUAAUUUGCAGUGCAGCGUAUAGGGCAUAAUUACGGUUGUUGCUGAUCGGUUUUUGAACUAAACUACGUACUUUUUGCAUGCUGUAGAAAUUCGAUUACACCUUUACGGUAAUCUUUGUUGAGUUCUAUAUAAAGGAGUGUAAAAAUAUGCCCACUUGUUUGGUUUAAAUACACUCGGACCGAUUGUGAACGGAAGAUGCAUGUUUAUCGCUUGUGUGGAAUAUUCAGGUGUCGUAUGUUGCUGUGUAUCAGAGACACUUCAGUCUAUAGACACUGUAUUUCAUCAGAUGAUGGAAAGAAAGGUGAUGUGAUAUCUAGUGAAAAUACUGGAGAGCUGCCAGAAGAACCCACCAACUGCUGUAUGUCUGGAUGUGAAAACUGUGUUUGGAUACAAUAUGCAGAGGAGCUCUUAAAAAGAUUUUCAGACGGUGAUGAGAAAGCAAGAACUACAAUUCUUAGUAAAGUAUCAGAUCCAUCAAUGAAGUCAUUUUUAUUAACAGAGCUAAAAAUGUUGAAAAUGAAAAAGAGUUAAGAUACUGUCUUAAGGAAUCACUUAACAAAUAGAUAAAUGAUGUAAUAGUAUUAUCUAUCUCCAUCUGUUGUAUUUGUUUUUUCAAAAAUUUUAUAUUGUCAGCCUGGAAGUUUUGUUUACAAACAUCAUGUAAUUGAAAAAUGUAACACUUUUGCAACUGAGAGUUUUAUAAGAAAAUUGAAACAAAUGAAAUAAAAUUACAUUUAUGUCAGUUUAA